GAUCGUUCAUUCUAAAAUUGGUUUUUAAUAGAAAGUCAGCCAGCUUGUUCGUUGAUAAUCGAUCAGUCUCUAGCUCGCUCCAGCUAGAAUGUCUCUCUCCUGUCGAUUCUACAAGCACAGAUACCCCAAGCUAGAAGAUGUAGUGAUGGUUAACGUGCGCUCUAUAGCGGAAAUGGGCGCAUACGUAACGCUACUAGAGUACAACAACACAGAGGGAAUGAUCAUGCUCAGCGAGUUGUCUAGGAGAAGAAUAAGAUCUAUUAACAAGCUGGUGAGGAUUGGACGGAACGAGUGUGUGGUGGUGAUCAGAGUAGACGAAACAAAAGGUUACAUUGAUCUAUCCAAGCGACGUGUGUCCCCCGAAGAGAUACAAAAAUGUGAAGAAAAGUAUUCCAAAGGAAAAACGGUGAACAGCAUCCUGAGGAACGUGGCGUCAAAGUUGGAGUAUGAGAACGAACAGCUGGAGAGUCUCUACGAGCGAACGGCCUGGACCCUGGAAGACAAGACUGGUAUCCCAAGUAGCUCCUACGACCUCUUCAAGAAGGCUGUUGUAAACCCUGAAGUGUUGGAUGACUGCAUAUUUGAGAGUGAUGAAGAGAAGGAAACACUCAUCACUAACAUCAAGCACCGACUUACCCCACACCCCGUCAAGAUCAGAGCAGAUGUGGAAGUGUCCUGCUAUGCUUAUGAAGGCAUCGACGCUGUCAAGAGUGCACUGAAAGCUGGUCUGACGCAAUCCACUGAGGCCUUCCCUAUCAAAAUCAAUUUAAUAGCCCCACCCCAAUAUGUCAUCACCGUGACAACCUUAGAGCGGACUGAAGGAAUAGCCAAGCUCAACACUGCUAUUCAGAUCAUCAGGGAAACUAUUGAAGAGAAAGAUGGCCUCUUUAAUAUCAAAAUGGAGCCGAAGGUGGUGACUGAUGUGGAUGAAGAGGAGUUGAGGAAGCAAAUGGAAGAGCUGCAGCUGGCCAAUCAAGAGGUUGCCGGGGAUGAUGACGCCUCUGAUAAUGAGGCAGGGGCUGAAAAUGGGGACGAUUGACAUUUUUAUUAUAGCUGCUGUUGCAAAGUCGGUGUGUAUAAUUAUGUUCAUUUUGUAUUUUGCAAUUUAAAUCAUUAAUUGGAAUCUGGAA